CACAUUUAGCUAAAUUAUUUAAGGCAAAAAACAAUUAGAGCAAUUAUAAGUGUUUGUUUUUAACAAAACAUAAAAUACGUUCUAUUUAUAGUAAGAUUUUUUGCCGCUCAUGGGAAGUGUAGUUCAUUUCAGAGCGGACUAUCGUUCUUUCCGAAUCACACGGGCGUGUUUAAAAACUACAUCUCCCAUGGUGCCUUUCAAAUUGCGUUUCGGAUACGGAAGCUACUUUGGGAAAAUUAAAGACGCAUGGCAAACUUGUGGAAAAUGUCACAGCACGGUACCAAGAAAAGAAAAUUAGACAGGAGUACAGAGGAUUACAUGUACUUUGACAGCUACUCCGAUGUCACCAUUCACGAAGAGAUGAUUGCAGACACAGUGCGCACUAACACGUACAGAAUGGGCAUUUUUAAAAACAGUAAGUCAAUAGAAGGGAAAGUGGUACUAGAUGUGGGAGCCGGUACCGGCGUCUUGAGCUUAUUCUGUGCGCAAGCGGGUGCCAGGAAGGUUUAUGCAGUCGAAGCGAGCUCGAUCGCCGAUCAGGCUGUGAGGAUCGUAAAACUGAAUCAGAUGGAGGACACAAUCGAAGUCAUUAAAGCCACACUAGAGACGAUCGAACUGGCCGAACCGGUGGAUGUGAUUGUCAGCGAAUGGAUGGGCUACGCGCUCCUCCACGAAUCCAUGCUGAACUCAGUGAUCUUCGCCCGGGAUAAGUGGCUCAAACCCGGUGGCCUUAUAUUACCGUCCCGGGCGGAUCUUUACAUCGCUCCCAUAAACGAUCUGGUGGUGGAGGGCAGAUUGGAUUUCUGGAGCACCGUCAAAGGGCAGUAUGGCGUGGACAUGUCCUGCAUGACCGACUUUGCCAGGAAGUGCAUCAUGAACAAAGACAUCACUGUGAAUCCGGUGACGGUGGAGGAUGUGCUCUCCCACCCGUGCAAGUUUGCCGAGCUGGAUUUGAACACGGUCACGCUCGAGCAGCUCAGAGAUGUGAGGGGCGUGUUCAGCUGCCGGUGCUUCGGCUCGUCCUCCAUCCACGCCUUUUGCGUGUGGUUCACGGUGACUUUCCCCGCUGAGGAGAAGGCCCUGGUGCUCUCCACGUCUCCGUUCAAACCAGAGACGCACUGGAAACAGGCUGUGCUGUAUCUGGAUGAUACCGUGGACGUGAUGCAGGACACUAAAGUCGAGGGGGAGAUCAGUUUGUAUCCCUCCGAGGAGAAUUCUAGACAUAUAUGCAUCCGUGUGGACUAUGUGAUAGGUGAACAGAAAAAGCACUCCAAAACCUUUUCUAUUCCUGAUCAAUAUUUAGAAGUUAAAUAGAGAUGUGGCUGGUAGUUAUUUCCCUAGUCAGAUAUUUCAGGAAUGCACAUGAAAAUGUAACUUUAUUUGGAGCCAAUCUCAUUGUGAUGAAAUAAAAAAAGAACGAGUCACUGGAUAUACAGAAUUUUCUAUUUUUCCCUAGAAUUUCAGUUUAUCCAGUAGGAUCUUCCGGGGUUCAGGCUGUGUCUUGUUAAAGUAAUGUGUGAUUAGUUCUAAAUUAUGAUAAUACAUAAGAAGUUUAAUAAGCUUUCCUUUUGCAUUAGUUUUUGGGUUUUCUCACUUGGUUUUUCAAAUAAUUCUGUAUGAAUUGUUGCUUGGAAUUCUGUGUUAAGUAUCUGCAAAAAAUAAAUAAAUAAAUCAGGUUUAAACCCCUGUCUCUGGACAGCACAUGCGCAAAGUAAUAAAAAAUAAACAGUGCUUGCCUAAGC